AAAAGCGUCUCAUAUAUUAUUAUCAAUUAUCAUUGUUCGAAAUUAUCAUGCCAAUAUGCCAUCAGUCAUCAUGUUGAAUUUAAAAAAACUGGAAUUCUGAGUCGAAACAUUUUUUUUUUAUUGAACGUUAAUUAAAAAUAUAAUCUAGUCUUUACACAAAAUUUAAAUAGUUUAUAUUGAAUAACAGUAAACAUGUCUGACGUUAUUCUAAUAGAGUCUGAUGAUACAUCAAGUAUAGAUAGCUCAAAUACUGAUCUCACAACACGAAGUCAUGAACCAGCUAGACGAGGUCGAAAAACAAAAUCCAAACCUUCCAAUAAUACCAAAAAUGUUAAGCUUCAGUACAAAUUUUCAUGUGCAUUAAGAGAAGACCAUGGUCAAUCACUAUUUGGUGUUCAAUUUAAUCAUUUAUUAAAUGAAGACCAACCAUUGAUAUUUGCAUCUGUUGGCAGUAAUAGAGUUUCAGUUUACCAAUGUUUAGAUGAUGGUUCUAUUACUUUAUUGCAAAGUUAUGCAGAUCCAGAUACAAAUGAGACAUUUUAUACUUGUGCAUGGUCUGUAGAUGAAAACGGCAAACCACUUUUGGCUAUCGCUGGUAAUCGAGGCAUCAUACGAAUUCUUAGUCCAGUCACUAUGUCAUCUAUUCGACAUUAUAUUGGUCAUGGACAAGCAAUUAAUGAAUUACAAUUUCAUCCAAUUGAUACAAAUAUGUUACUAUCAGUAUCUAAAGACCAUACUUUACGUUUAUGGAACAUCAAAAGUGAUGUGUGUAUCGUCAUUUUUGGUGGUGCCGAAGGCCAUCGAGAUGAAGUUCUUUCAGCGGAUUUCAAUAUUGAUGGUAAUCGUAUAAUGUCUUGUGGAAUGGAUCAUUCAUUAAAGUUAUGGAGUUUAGACAAAGACUAUAUCCAAGAUGCUAUUAAACAAUCAUAUUCUUUUAAUCCAAAUAGGUCUGCUCGACCUUUUGAUACUAUUAAAGAACAUUUUCCUGUAUUUUCAACACGUGACAUACAUAGAAAUUAUGUUGAUUGUGUAAGAUGGAUUGGUGAUUAUGUUAUUUCCAAGUCAUGUGAAAAUUGUAUGGUUUGUUGGAAACCUGGUCAUCUAAAAGAUACUGAACUCAAACCAAAUGAAGCUGCAGUAUCACAAAUAUGGUACUAUGACUUUAAAGAUUGUGAUGUAUGGUUCAUCAGAUUUUCUAUGGAUUUCUCCCAAAAAAUAUUAGCACUAGGCAAUACUAUUGGUAAAAUAUACGUUUGGGAUUUAAAUUCUAAUGACCAGGCUUCAAUGCGUGUAACUACAUUAGCUCAUCCAAAAUGUAAUACAGUUAUACGCCAAACUACAUUCAGUCGUGAUGGAAACAUUUUGAUUUGUGUUUGUGACGAUGGUACUAUCUGGCGUUGGGAUCGAUUGCAAAGCAAUAAUUAAAACAUGACUACUACUUUUAUAUCCCUUUUUAUUGUAUUUUAUUUUAUUUUUAGCUUAAAUUUAUUUGUUUAUGACUAUUUUUUUGUUAAUAAUAUUAAGAACUCUUGGUUAAUUUAAGAUAACUCCUUUAUACACCGAAACAUAUUUAUGUAAAUAGUAUUACAAAAACAAAAUAAUAAAAAUAAUAAUGAUAUUUUUAAUGUGUUAUUUUAAAAGCCACAAACCACAAUAAAUUUAAUUUUCAUGUGUAAUA